AUGGUGAGAAACAGAGCCUUGGAGCAGACCUGGACUAUGAACAUUUGGUUCAAAGGUCACAUCCCUAGACACGCUUUCACAACUUGGGUAGCGUUUCAGGAUCGUUUACCUACAAGAUCGAGACUGGUUGAUUGGGGCAUGAACAUCCCCUCAUCUUGCUGUCUAUGUAGCUUGCUAGAUGAAAGUAGGGACCAUUUGUUCCUGCAGUGCGAGGUGAGUGAAGCAAUUUGGGCAUCUGUCCUGUUUCGUCUUGGAUAUUCCCAUUGGGGGUUCCACACUUGGACUGCCUUCUCGGAAUGGAUGAGUUUGCAAGACACGGUGGUGAGCUUAACGCUCAAGCGCAUGGUUGCUCAGGUCACCAUAUCAACGAUUUGGAUGGAGAGAAACAAGCGGCUGCAUGAUGGAGUGUCUCAGUCGCCUGAGGUUAUCUUCAAGAGGAUUGACCGCAUCAUCCGGGAUGCAAUUCUAGGAAGAAGGAAGACUGAUCUAUUCCAACCCCUGAUGCAGGAAUGGUUCAGAUUUGAGUAG